CCACCUUGCAAGCAGAAAAAGACAGAGGUGAUCGAUUGUAUAUCAAAGAACGACUCCUGAUUGUUUCCGUCGAAAUUCCCAAAAGUGAAAGCGGUCUUGCCUUAUCUCGUGACUUUAUCAAUAAUCAUUUGAUUGUCCCGCCACCUUAAACUCUCCUGGUUGCAUCUCUUCCUCUCUACUUCAAUCUACCUCGCAAGACAUACGCCGUUCUCUCUCAAAUCUCAAACCAAACGUUGAAACCAGAAAAAUGCCUGGACUUACCACAUCUCCUCCGGGGUCAAUGCCCGCCUCUCCCUCCUUCAGCGUCAACCGGGCAUCUCGGUCAUCUUCAGCAUCCUCCCGACCAGCCCUCACGCUCGAUCUCUCUAAUCUUCCAACAAUGUCUCAACCAACCAAGCCAACAAACACCCUCAUCAUCACCGAACUUAGCAACAUCCUCUUCUUCCAACCCACCUCCCUCGCCACUUUUCGCGCACAAAUCGAAUCCAUCGCGCCCCUGAACUCAUUCUCUCCACUCCCCUCUCUCCGCCGCCUCAUCUGCUCUUUCUACACAGAAGAAGACGCCCUGCGUGUCCGGAAACUCCUCGAUGGAGAAGUACUUGAGCACAACGUCCGCCCCAGGGUUUACUUUGGCGAACCCACUCCAAUCCUGGAUGAAGAGGAGUCCCGCCGCCCAAAGCUCCUUGAGGCCCCCCAUGCCGACAAGCUCUUCUUCAUCAGCCCGCCACCCAGCCCCCCUCACGGAUGGGUCAUGCGCAAUGAGGAGCCCCCGAACAAGGAGGUGCAUGCCAGUGAUCUCGCCACCGCCUUGGCCAAGUUGAAGACCGAGCAAUCCGGUGUCUACGAGGGUGUCAACCAGACCUGUGAACCCGGUACUCCGAUGUCCAUGACCUCCGAUAAGCGCUCGGGGAGCUGGCCCGUCUCUAUGUCCGGACAGCGUAGCAGAAGCAGCACCCUUAUCUACCACCCUGAGGACCACGGCGGAAGUCCUAACCUGCCUGCUGUUAUGGUCGAAGAUACGAGCAUCAUGGUGGACGAUUUGGAAAUGGAGAUGAGUCCCAUUGAGAUGCCGAUUCGGAAGGCCCCGCCGAAGACCUCUCGGCCUCCUGUUGAAUUGAUGUGUUGAAUGCACGGGAUUUGAUACGUGGUCGUUAUAACAUUCAUGAAUACGUUUUGGGAUGUGCUUUAGCGUGUGCAUUUGGCUUGUUCUACCAUCGUUGCAUAUUUUCAUGGGUUUAUAUGUUUUUAUCCAGGAUGCAUUGAUGGUUUGUCUAUCUCCUGUGCUUUAUUGAAUCAUUGGCGGGGCGUUGUGGAGGACACUGUGAUCAUGACAUAUACGGAGUUGGCUUGCUUCUACUGCAAUAAUUUACAUAUACGUUUAUGCCAUAUAUAGGUUGAAUUACAUGUUUUCUUGCACA